AUGUCUAAUUCUAAACCAACAUUAUUAUUAACUGGUUAUGGUCCUUUUAACCAUAUUACAGAAAAUCCAUCAAAAGCAAUAGUUACUGAGCUGUAUAAAGAAUUUGAAGAUAACAAACAAAAUUUUCCAUAUAACUUAGAAAUAAAAAUACUUCCAGUUUCUUAUAAAUCAGUUCACGAUGAAAUGAAACAAUAUUAUCAAAGGGAAGAUAUUGAUUAUUUUAUUCAUCUUGGUGUAGAUUCAACCUCAAAAUAUAUUAUUUUUGAGACUGAAGCUGAAUCACAUGGAUAUUUUUCAGAGGAUAUUGAUGGUUGUGUUCCAGAGGAUAAUUGUUGUAUUGUUCAAAAAGGAGGAGAACCUCAAACAUUAAAAUCAUCCUUUCCAUUACAUAAAAUUUGUUCAGAAAUGAAUGAAACAAAUGACUACUACCCUAUAAUGUUAAGUACUGAUCCUGGAAAAUUUUUAUGUAGUUAUAUCUAUUAUCAAACACUUUAUCAUUCUCCAAAAACAUUAUUUAUACAUGUACCUAAUGUUAAAUUAAAUGACGAUGCACAUUUUAAUGAUAUUUUGUGUACAAUUAAAAAAGCAAUUGAUAAUGUAGUUAUUUAUGAAGAAAAAGGAAAACAUUUAAAAAAAAUAUAA